CCACUUCCGCUCCAGCGUUUCCUGUUUCCGGCCCGUCCCGCUCCUCUCCAGGCGAGGCGAUGGCGGCCGUUCGGGGUCUUCGCAUCUCUGUCAAGGCGGCUGAGCCGGAGCCCAUGGAGGUGGAGGAAGGCGAGCUGCAGACUGGAGCCGUGCUGCCGUCCGACGUGUCGGCCUCGGCCGGUGAUGCCGCCACGGACCGAGUCCCGGUGCGGCGCUCGCUGAGGGAGCUGCUGCCGGAUAUAAGCAGAAGAUAUGAAAACAAAGCUGGAAGCUUUAUCACUGGAAUAGAUGUCACUUCAAAGGAAGCAAUUGAGAAGAAGGAGCAAAGAGCAAAACGUUUUCAUUUUCAAGCAGAGGUGAAUCUUGCCCAGAGGAAUGUGGCAUUGGACCGUGACAUGAUGAAGAAAGCCAUUCCAAAAGUGCGACUGGACACUAUCUACAUUUGUGGUGUAGAUGAAAUGAGUACUCAGGAUAUCUUUGCUUAUUUCAAAGAGUACCCCCCUGCUCAUAUUGAGUGGCUGGAUGAUACAUCAUGCAAUGUUGUCUGGCUGGAUGAAGUGACUGCAACACGAGCUCUCAUCAACAUGAGCUCAAUGCCUGAGGAAGAGAAGCUAAAGCCCCAAGACAAGAACAAGAAGGCAGCGGAAAAGAACAAGAAAGAGAAACAAGAGGAGAGCUCCGAUGAUGAGACUGAAGAAGGGGAAGUAGAGGAUGACCACCCAAGUGACACGGAGCUGGACACGCUCUCCCAGGCGGAAGAAGACUCCCUCCUGCGCAAUGACCUUCGCCCAGCUAGCAAGUUGGCCAAAGGAAACAAGCUCUUCAUGAGGUUUGCUACACAAGAUGACAAGAAGGAGCUUGGAGCGGCCAGAAGGAGCCAGUACUACAUGAAAUAUGGGAAUCCCAAUUAUGGCGGCAUGAAAGGAAUCUUGAGCAACUCAUGGAAGCGGAGGUACCAUUCCCGCCGACUCCACCGGGACGUGAUUAAGAAAAGGACUCUCAUCGGGGAUGACGUUGGGCUGACGCCGCCUUACAAACAUCGCCACUCUGGCUUAGUAAAUGUUCCUGAGGAACCCAUUGAGGAGGAGGAGGAGGAGGAGGAAGAAGAGGAUGACAAUGAUGACCAGGAUAUGGACGAAGAUGACAGAGUGGUUGUCGAAUACAGAGAUGAACUUCAGGCUUUCAAGCAGUCCCGUGAGCGGAGUGCUGCUCGGCGGUCCAGCGCCAGUGAAUCUGACUCAGACGAAAUGGACUAUGACCUUGAGUUGAAGAUGAUCUCUACUCCCUCACCCAAGAAGACCAUGAAAAUGACCAUGUAUGCAGAUGCAGUGGAGUCUCAGUUGAAAAGCAUUAGGAACUCUAUGAGAGCAGAUAGCGUAGCAUCCAGCAAUGUAAAAAACCGGAUUGGAAGCAAAGGACCUUCAGAGAAAGUUGCUGAUGUUCGAUUAUUAUUAGAAGAAAAGCGGCACGGAAGUACUGGGAAGCACCAGCCGCCGCCCACCUUAGUGAAAUCAGAUGUUCGGCAGAGGCUUGGCAAAAGACCUCAUUCUCCAGAAACCAAACAGCCCAGCAGCACCUCCGUUUCUCAUCGCGAGCCCAUAUCUGAUGUGCACAGCCGGUUAGGCAUACCCAAGCAAGAUGUGAAAGGCCUGUACUCAGACACCAGGGAGAAAAAAUCAGCAAACUUAUGGACUCGCUUAGGAUCAGCCUCCAAGACACAGGAGAAGGCCCCUGAUAAAGCGGAAAAGUCAUCCGUGUCUCCUGAGGAGGAGGACUCUGAACUCCAGAGGGCAUGGGGGGCCCUGAUCAAAGAGAAGGAACAGUCCCGCCAGAAAAAAAGCCGCCUAGAUAAUCUGCCCUCGCUCCAAAUUGAAAUCAGCCGGGAGAGCAGCUCUGGCUCUGACACAGAAUUAUGACAGCCCUUGGUAUUCUCUGAAGCCUGGUGACUCUGCAGUGGCCACAAAGUGGAAAGUCUGGGCCUUGGAGCUGUGCAGUGUGGAAUGUCUGAUCCUGUUUCAUCUACAGUGCAGUGGAGGAGAGAUUGGUGGGGGGGAGGAGGUAUGUUUCCCUGGAAACUAGUAAGAGCUGUCUUUUGGGGGGCAGUAUAGAAGAAUUCUGCGUUCUUUAUAUUUUCACAGGUUGUCUUUCUAAGAGGAAGAAAGAGUUUUCAGUUCUCCCCCCUCCCCCCUUUGGGGCAUGGCACUCUUCUUGCUUAACCACCUUUGCCUUCCUGGUCCUUCUCUGGAUGGCCAACCACGAGUCAUCUCUGUUGACCGACUCCAGCUCCUCCUCCAGAGUUGGCCCAAGUGUAAAAUGACUUGAUGCUAAGGCAGUGGUCUUCUCUGCCAUCCCACACAAGCAAUUCUGGAUUAUAAUGCCAGUUCCUACAUUAGCUUCCUACAUUUUCAGAACUGAAGUUUAAGCAAGCUGGAAACCAUUGGAAAAGGCUACAUAGAGGCCUCUAAGGUGCUUUUUUGUUUGUUGUUGAAAGUAACUUUAAAAAUUAUUUACAGUCUGUAUAAUGUUUUUUGGGGGAAAUGAAGCGAUUGAAAUGUUAAUUCUUUUAUAUAUUUUGGAUUUUUAUUUUUUGCACUGUUGGCUACAGUGAAUGUUUUAGUAGGUAGAUUUUCAUCCGUGCAGUUCAAAUAUGUAACCGGAACAGUUUCUGGGGGAUCUUGACUCUCACAGGAAGAGCCUCUGUCUCCUGUCCCGAUUUCUUGUUGUCCUGACAUGUGGAUGUGCGUAACCAGUUUUCUUCCCCACCAUCCAACUGUUUGUUUUUUGACAGUCAAGUUAUACUGUUCUGUGGAUUCCCACCCUGUACAGGUGUAGAAAACAUAUACUAUGUUUGGACAGAAUUUAUAGAACAACCCCAGUUCUUGCCCUGGAAGAAUUCUGCCAUAGCAUCUCCACUGGCAACACAUCAAGGCAUCUCUUCAAUCUUCCUUCUUAUCUCUUUUAGCAAUCUGGGGAAGGGCUGUCCUCUCCCUCUCCUCAUUUCUUGUAUACAACAAAUGUUACAAGGCUUUGGAAAAGUCAGAGCCUAUGAGCUGUGAGCUUUGCCUGAGAAGAAUAGUGCAGGGAAUAACAAGACAAGGAGGGAUGAGAACUAAUUGGUCUCGAUGGCUUCCCUGUUUAAUAUUGACCCUCAUUUGUUAAGUAUGUCUUCUGAAGAUCAUCAGUGAAAGAAAGUAAACACAAUGUUUGAUCACUGUAGUAGAUUGUGUUGAUGUAUUUUCUUUAUCUAAAGCCUGGAAUAUAUAGCUAUAUUAUAUACAAUUAACACAUUAUAUAAGGUUCCUGUUGCAAUUAAAGUUCCUGUUUAAAAACUGGCAA